GCUCACACUUUGAGUUUGAUCGCGGUUGGAAGAGGACGUUGGGACGUUUUUGCUUUUAUUUUCUUGAUUUCAAACAAUAACACUUCGAACUUAUUAUCUGGUAAUAAUCAAACCAUGAAGGAUUUACGGAUCUUACUCCCUGCGCUGCUUUUAGUCCUUUGUUUGAUCUCAGCGUUCGCCCAGGCACAAACAUGUGAGUCCAAAAAUGGAACCAGCUGCGACGAAUGCCUUAGAAAUGUAUCAUGCCUGUGGUGUAUCCCGACCAAGUCCUGUAUCACAUACCCCGUUAGGACCAUCCUCCCCCCUCACGCGCUCUGCCCUCUGAAUGAUGCGCGCUGGGGGCUCUGCUGGAUGAACUUCCAAAUCCUGAUCAUCACUCUCUCAGUGGCCGGAGCAGUCCUCAUCCUCGCAAUCGUCAUCUGCAUGUUCUGCUGCUGCAAGUGUGAGAACAUCGGGUCCAAAAGAUUUGACGCAAAGAUGGCAAGGCAAGCCAACAAGCUGAGGACCAAACAAGAAGAGAGGAGGGCGGAGAUGAAGGAGAGACAUGAUGAGAUCAGGAAGAAAUAUGGUCUGAGUGGACAGAACCCAUACUCAAAGUUUGCCUGAGAUGCCCUGUCCUCCUCAGGAUGUGGAUCUGUGUACAUAAACACAUUUUAGCACAUUAGAACAAAAAUCCCUUUGGUCGUGACUUGUCCCAUUCUGGUCACCUGCCUGUGCUCGGUGGCAUAUGCACCAUAACCAGGUCACAGUGUAAAUAAAAGGGCUACGUAACGUGGUACGUUUUAUUGCUGCUUAACUUCAUAAUCGUCAUCCUUUUUUCAUGCUUUGAUUUUUCUGAUGUGCAUCUUAUUGUUUUAGAUGUAUCUGACAUGUAUUUUAGUAGAAAUAAAUUAUUUUUAAAAAUCU